UGUGUGUGUCUUUAAGGAGCUGAGAGCAGCUCAGUGUUUGUUCAGUCUGUCAAUGAGUAAACCUGCAGCAGGAACAACUCCUCUCAUACAGUAUGUGAAGCUCAUCUCAGCUGUCUGCACAAAGGAGCCAGUCAGGAUGGUUCAACUGCUGCCUCAGGUCCCACUGGGCUGAAACUUAGACAACCAGGUGCACAGGUGCACAGGUACAGCUCAGCGACCCAGCAGCUUCCCUCAGCCCAGAGUCCAAACAGAUCAACUAGUUACCUACCAAGUGGAACAAGACUGAAGAGCAGUGUGUUCACGGUGAUCAUGGCUGCAGUUGGAGCAGAGGUCAUCAGCUCGUGGCUCCUGUCACCAGGAGUCGCCGGGUUCUUCAUCCUCCUCCUCCUCGCCGUCUUCCUCACAGCUCUCUGCAGCGACUGCAACAGACGUACAUUUGAGCUGUCAGAUGCAGAAGCAGAUAAAAAUCCUCCACAGCUCAUCAAAGUGGUGAAGCUGGAGGACACCAUGGUGGCGAGAGAGAACCCCAUGAUCAGUGAGAUACAAAACGAUGAGAAAAAGAUCAGCAGUGAUCAGCCAGGGCAGGUCACUGGCCGGAGGAACCACCUGGGGGCGCCACAGGACCACGAAGGUCUGCCAGAGUCCAGUCGUGGAAAUGAGAGCCCAGUCCAGAUCACCCCAUGGAGGAGCCACCUGGGGGCGACAGAGCACCAAGAUGUGACCAGCUCCACCCCUCCAGGCUCCAAUCACAUCUACCAUACCAUCGGAGGAGGGUGGAGCGGCAGCCGUAGUGCUGACAUGUCAUCAUCAUCAGCAACCAAUCAUGAGCCGGGGAAUGAGCGCGAUGGCAAGGAGCACAUCUCUGCAGUGACGGUGGACAGAAAUUCAAUUUAUGCUCAAGUCAGCAAGAAGGUGAGACAGACCACGCCCUCUGUUCAUACACCUGAGCAGGUAGAGGUGGAGGAGGAACAGCCUUCACCUCCACUGCCUGACAGGAGGACAGAGGUGGAGGCUUGAUGGUGAUGAAGGAGUAAAGGACAGGGAAUGAAGGAUGUCAGCUAAACGACAAACAAGGACUAAAGAUGAACAAAUGUUGAUAAAAGAGCAAAGAAGAAGAGAAAUGAUGAUGAGUCAACAGAGGACAAAGGGUGAAGGACAAACUGCUGCAGAUGGCAGAACAACAACAGAUGAAUAAUAAACAUCUCGAUGUUGGACAAAACGUAGGGACUGAAGGACAAAUGAAGAAAGGCAAAGAGAAAUAUAUAGCAAUGUAAAAUACUCAUCUACAUGUAUUUGUAAAUAUCAGUGUGCAGAGAUCUCGUCUCUCCUGGCGUGUUAUUGUACCUGAACUCACUGACACAGAUCAGACAAAGAACAGAGGAGCUGUUCUACUAAUUAAACCAAAACCACUGGAUCCUACAUUUCCCAUAAUACAACCGGAGAGUGUUUUCGCACAUUGAUGAGGAGCUUCAUAUAAAACGCUGGCCUGUUACAGCAGCAGGGACUAAAGCUGUACGAGGCCAUUCUGACCUUUUGGCAACAUUUAGCCCUUGAGCUUCAUUUCAUAUGAUACAAUUUAUCAUAAAGCUGAUAAUUUCCUAAUCACUGAUCAGUUUUUAGACUGACUUGUUUCUGCCCACAUCCAUGCCACUGGUUUGUUUUUUAUUUUUUAGCAGAAACAGAGAGGUAAAUCCUCACUGUCAGCACUUAGACAUCUUUAUGUGCAGAGUUUCAUAUCAGAGCUGAAGGAAGUAGACUGAACAGACAUUAAAUAAUUAUUGUUUCAGCCAUUUUCUUGUUCCAACACUGACAAUUUGUUGUGUUUAACUGUUGUUAAGUGAUAAUCACCUGUUUGAGUUGUUUGUCAGAACAAACAUCUGAAGACUUCACAUUUAGCUUUGUAAUAAUUGUUCAUUUGUGACAUUUUACACACUGAACAAACAUCAUAUUAAUUAGACAAGUCGCUGGGAGGUCAUUUAAGGAUAAAAAACCAACUGUAGCAGCAGCCCUAUGUUACACACACACACACACACACACACAUAUGUCCACGCUAUGUUUGGCCGUGUGCUGACUCAGCUGAACUCCACCAGCUGGGUCACUGCUGCAUCACGAGGCUAAAUAUACAUGAACUCUGUCCUUCUGAUGUUUGGUCUGAUGUUUGGUUGUGUGACAAACACUGAUGAUGUCAUCAAACACAGUGUGUGCCACAUUUUAGAGACUAACCUACAUGUGUGUGGACUGUGGGAGGGAGCUGGGAGGAAAACCAUACACAGUACUGGGAUGGGCUGUAAACCAGUCUGUGAAUGGGAGCCAACAGUGAACCAACAUCCCAGACAUAUUGCUCAACUAGGUGCAGCCCCACCUGCCCUGUCCUCACCUGCACAGUGCAAACAGGCACUCAGUGCCAUCCUGUGUUGUGUUUUCGGCCUUUACAAUAAGAUGUAAAUAUGUAAAUCCACAGUCUGGGAGAAAAACCGAUUGAAAGGUGUGAACUGAAUGACCAUGUUUCACACGUUUAUUUUGCUAUCACUGCUGAUUGUGUCAA